GGGACACUGACCCCACACACUUCCCAGCGCAGUGGCCGGAGCCACCUGAUACGGCACAGCCAGGUAUGGAGGCGUGCCAGGGCAUCCAGUGCCGAGUUUCCGUGUUGGCAGCGCUGUCCCGCUCCCGGCACUCCCUUCGAGGUGCAGGAGACGAGGGCAGGACCUGGCAGCCACACUGGCAGGAGGAGUUUGCAGUCCCAGCGUGGCUCUCCUCAUGCACCCCAUUUGCAGUGGUUCACCUGCCCUGGCUGUCCCCCAACAUGCCUGAGCACACAGCUGCCUCGAGGCUCCGGCUCUCCGGGCUGUGCUUCCUCCUCCAAAUCCUCAACAUCCUCCUCUUCGCCGUGUUUGUCCGGUACAGCCCCGAGAGCAGCCCCGGCCUGUGCCCCCCGCAGCUGAACUGCAGCCACAGAAACCAGGACCCGGCUUUCCAGCAGCGCCAUUUCCAGGAUGUCCACAUCCAAGUGCUCCUCAGCUUUGGGCUCCUGGUGGCAUUCCUCAGCCGUUAUGGGCCAGGCAGUGCAGCCAUCAGCAUCCUCAUCAUAGCCUUCACCAUCCAGUGGGCUCUUCUGAUCCAGGGAUUUUUUUACUUCUUCCUCAAUGGCAAAAUUUACAUGGGAGCUCCAAGCAUGGUCAGUGCUGACUUCUGCACCGCAGCUGUUCUGAUCUCCGCUGGAGCUGUUCUAGGCAGGGUAAACCCUGUCCAGAUGCUGCUGCUGGCCCUGCUGGAAGUCACCCUGUGCACUCUCAAUGAAUACAUCCUGCUCAGUCUCAUGGGGGUAAGCGACAGUGGACGCUCCUUGACCGUCCACACCUUUGGUGCUUAUUUCGGCUUGGUGGUUUCACGGGUCUUGUACCAGCCCUGCAGGGACAAGAGGAAGAGGGAAGAGCGGCAGGACAUGGGGCACCAGACGGAUGUCUUUGCUGUGGUUGGAACCAUCUACCUGUGGAUCUUCUGGCCCAGCUUCACCUCUGCCACCACUGCCCACGAUAAUGCUGAGAACUGGGCAGUGCUCAACUCCUACUUGUCACUGGUGGCGAGUACCAUUGCCACCUUCAUCCUCUCUCCUGUCCUCUACGAGGAGAGCACCCCACGGAUGGUUCAGAUCCAGGAUGCCACGCUGGCUGGCAUGGCUGUGAUGGGUAUGGCUGGGGAGAUGCUGGUCACCCCCUUUGGGGCCCUCAUCGCAGGGUUUCUGGUUGGUCUGAUCUCCCCACUUGGCUUCAGAUUCUUCACGCCUGUUCUACACUCCAGGUGGAAAAUCCAGGACACGUGGGGGGUUCACAACAUCCAUGGGCUGCCUGGGAUACUGGGGGCCUUGCUGGGGACCCUGCUGACGCUGCUGGCCACCGCAGACACUUAUGGUGACAGGCUGGAGCUUGUAUUCCCACUGGUGGCCCAGGGCAGCCGGACAGUCACUGACCAAGCGUUCAUCCAGCUCGGUGCCCUGCCCCUCACUCUGCUGUUUGCAGCGCUCGGGGGCUGGGUCACAGGUGCCAUCCUGAAAAUCAAGAUGCUGAGGUGUUCCGCGGACGCGCAGUACAUGGAAAACACCGUCUUAUGGGAGGUGGCUGAGGAAGGAUGUGAGCACAGGGCAAGCGGGAAGGAGCUGGGCAUCAGCACCUUGGUGUAAUGACCCUGAAUCCCCGGUGAGUUCCCGCACCACCAGUGGUCUGUCACUGCCAGUGCCAGCUGGCUUCUGGCAGCCUGAACUUCCCAGCAGCCUGCUCUGGAGAUGGUCAUGCUUGUACCCAUGUGGGAGCCAGCUCCUGGUCCCAAACAUUUUGGGAAUAGCUGGGUGUCCACAGGCCUUUGCAGGGUGAAGAGGUGCUGCAGUAUCCCAGUGCUUGUUGUGGGAGCAACUUUUGCUCCCAGGGUCACCUCGGGGUGUCCAGGCUUGGCUCAGCCACUUCCCCUCUCUGCUCCUUGCUUAAUUUCCCCAUCAGCUGCUCUCUGAAGGAAGGCAAUGAGGGGAGGAGGGAUGACUGUGUUGGGGAAUGGGCACAGGAGGCUGAACAGAAAGCAGCAGACUUUGUACAGACACUUUUGUACACGACAAUUAAAAUAUAUGUAUUUUUUUGUAGCUUCAGGAUUUGCCCCUGAAUUCUCAUGGCACCUACCCAGCUCUGCUGGCUGUUUCCUUUGGGUGUCAUCCAGUGAGGAAGGCAAAGCCCCUCAGUUUCCCCUGCACCCCAAACACUGAUGCCCAUUUGUUGGGUUUCAUGGGUUGCCCCAUCUGCCUGAGGAUGGUGCAGUCACUGGAGCGUGGGACAGCCCGAGCAGGCAGCACCCAGGGGCAGGAGGAGGGUGACACCGGGGUCCCCAGCACCAUUGGCACUGCAGCCCCAAGACCCCCACAACCAGGGCCCCACUGCUCCCCACAAAGAGGCUGUCACCCCGCCUGGGAGCAGAUGGGAACACCCUGGGAAUGUGGUGUUCACCUCGAAUGAACCCACAGAGGGUCCUGCAGCAACUGGAGCAGGGGCACAGCCCCAGAGGACUCCUAGAGGGGCCAUGGAGGAUGUGAUGGGGGUCCCCGGUGGGGGGGACACCUUGGGGUCCCAUUUCCCAUGAAUCUGGGGUGGCUGCCAGACUCCAGCACCCACCAUGUGGGGUUCCUGCAGGCACAGGUGUGCCACCACCCCUGAGGAGGGGACCACAGCCCUACCCCACACAGAGAGGACAGGGGUGCAGGGUCAGCACAGCAAAGUUUGGGGCAAAUGCUUUGCCUCCCAACUAAAGUAGCCACAGGUGGGACCCUCUUGUUCUGAUAUCUGCUGCUGUUGAAGGACACAGGUUUCCUUUAACUGACUGAACAAAAAAAUGCAAAUAGUUAAUGAAAAGCACCUGUUUGCAGGUGAUCAUAAAACGUCACUUUAAAACACAGCAUUAAGUCAAAACUUCUUGCUUUUGUGUAAGUCAAACUAUCAAACUGUCAAACUUUAACUUCUCCCACUUUCAUUGUCCAUCACAGAAAACCGGUGAAAUCAACACAUCAAAUGCUUUGGUGUCACUGAAAUUCCGUGACAAAACACAGGGAAGUG